AUGGGCCGCCUCUUUCUGCGCUACAUCGAGGCGGAGAGCGUACACUGCUGCGCCUUGUGUGCGACGCACCUGGCAGCUCACGACCAGGUGGUCUCCCGCCAGUUCCGCGGCCGGCAUGGCGACGCCUGGCUCUUUGGAGACGUGAUCAAUGUGAACGACGGUCCGCCGGAGAAGCGGCUCCUUCUGACCGGGUUGCACGUGGUGGCGGACAUUUAUUGCAACGGCUGCGACACGCGGCUCGGGUGGAAGUACGUCGAGGCCUACGAGGAGCAACAAAAGUACAAG